GAAAACGGGCAGUAAUUAAGCUAGUGUACCAAGCUUGAAACGCCAAUGAGAGGUUAUUCCGAGACUUGUCACAUGCUAGAAGAGGAAAAGAAACGAUGAAACUGUAUGAAUGCUGGAAGUACUUCGGAUCGUGUCCUUUAGUCUUGCCCGCUUCACCCCUUUAGGGGUGCGUCGUCGAGUUUAGCCAGCUAUGAUGACAAGCGGUGGGCAGAUUGCGAGGGCUCGUGGCGUUGGCUUAAUAACCACCGCCGCUGGCGUGACCUUUCUGUUUGCCUUCUUCAUCUUCGCCCAUCAGUUGAUUCGGUCUAGUCAGUCGAUCGACGAGUUGAAGCAUCCAACCAUGUGGAAAGGCAUCUCCCCCGCAGGGCUGCUGUCCCUAGGAUUAGCUGGCCAGACGUCUGCCACCCUCCUUUAUGUCUCCUCGUACGCCGGUGCCGUCACGACUUUACGUCUGACCCUGCCCGGUGACGGCUCCGCCACCACUGCUGCUACCCUUGAGAACAUCUCCAAGUCGACAGGCUGUGGUCCGAAUCCGUCAUGGCUCACGCUCGACUAUUCCAAAAACUUCCUCUUCUGCCUGGAUGAGGGGUUCAACGGUCCCUAUGGGGGUGUGACCACCUUUUUUACUGGCGAUGACGGGACUUUGGCUACGCUGGAUAAGCUCGAUGUCAUCCAAGGGCCAGUCAGUAUUGCUGAGUUUGGCGUUGGCGGCAGUGGCUUUGCUAUAGCACACUACUCCGGCUCUAGCGUCAGCGUCGUUGGCUUCAAUGCCGAGGGUAAUCUCACCCUGCUGCACAACGAGACCUACACGCUCGCGGGGCCUGGCCCCAACCCUGAACGGCAGGAGGCGCCUCACCCGCACGAAGCCAUCCUGGACCCUACAGCCUCGUACGUCCUGGUGCCAGAUUUGGGUGCCGACCUUGUCCGCAUCUACCAAGCUGACGCUAGCACCCUCGGCUUGACACCCAUCGCCCCUCUUGCCUUACGGCCCGGGUCUGGGCCUCGGCACGGCGCGUUCAAGGUAACCGCGGACAAGACGUACUUCUACUUGGUCUCCGAACUUGGCAACACGAUCACGGGGUACGAGAUCACGUACAACGACAACAAGACCCUCAGCUUCGACGAGUUGUUCUCCAUCCCCACGCACGGCGAGGAGAGGAAGUUGCCAGAGAAGACGGGUGCGGCUGAGAUCCUCGUGUCGCCUGAUGGGAACUUCUUGAUUGUAUCGUCUCGCUGGGAAGAUUCGUUUAAUAUCACGAACUUCGAUCCGACCAACAGCACUGAAAUUCCUUCAGAUCCGCUAAUAACUUAUUCCAUCGACCACACAACCGGCAAGUUGACCAAGGUGCAAGAGUUCGCAGCUGGGGGCAGGGUACCCCGGCACUUCUCGAUCAACGCGGACGGGAACCUGGUAGCCGUGGCACUACAAGGGGACGGCCGCGUCGUCGUCCUCGACCGCGAUGUCAAGACGGGGUUGUUCAAGGAUUACAUCGCGUACGCGGAUAUCGAAGGCGAAGUGACUGCGGCUAUCUUCCGCGAGGACUACCAUACAAUCUAGUUACCUCUAGGCAGUAAUUAUAGCUUCCUCGGUCAUGUGGUCUACGCUUAGAGCGAAAUUUCAUCGGAGGCACUGCAGGACACUCCAGAGCCUCAUCCAUGAAUCCAAAGGGAGUAUAAGCAUGUGGUGCGGGGUUCUUGAUACCUAGCUCACGAAAAAAUAAAUAAAUUGAGAGGAGCAACCUGUAAUAAGGUGCGGGGAUAGGAGGAUUUUAAUAUAGACACGUAAGCAGGCUCUGCGAAGGUUUGGUAAGCUAGGAUAGAGGGGGGGAU